AUGGGUUUGUCGUUUUCAAAAUUAUUCGCCAAUCUUUUUGGCAACAAAGAGAUGAGAAUCUUGAUGGUUGGAUUGGACGCCGCCGGUAAGACCACCAUUUUAUAUAAAUUGAAGUUGGGUGAAAUUGUUACCACAAUUCCAACCAUUGGUUUCAACGUUGAAACCGUGGAAUACAAGAACAUUUCAUUUACAGUUUGGGAUGUCGGUGGACAAGACAAGAUUAGACCCUUGUGGCGUUAUUACUUCCAAAACACCCAAGGUAUCAUUUUUGUUGUUGACUCCAACGAUAGAGACCGUAUUGCUGAAGCUCGUGAGGAAUUGCAACAAAUGCUCAACGAGGACGAAUUGAGAGACGCAUUAUUGUUGGUCUUUGCCAACAAGCAAGAUUUGCCAAAUGCUAUGAAUGCUGCUGAAAUAACUGAGAAGUUGGGCUUACACUCGAUUAGACAAAGACCUUGGUAUAUCCAAGCUACUUGCGCUACAACUGGUGAUGGUUUGUAUGAAGGUUUAGAAUGGUUAUCAACCAACUUGAAGAAUUCAUCUUAA